CUCCGUGAGCGCCGGGAGCUCCUGCGGGAGCGGGCCAAGGCCGCGGAGAGACGGGACGGGGCGCGGCGGGGGCGGGGUCUCCUUCUGAGUGACGGCCGCGUCAACCAACGGAAAAUGGCUCCAGGCGCUUGGGGGCGGGGAGAAGGCGGGAUCACCGCUUGAGUGAUGGCUACAGCAGCCAAUGGGAGGUGGUUCCGUGCGCGCCGGGAGCGUCCUGCGGGAGCGGGGCCGGGAGCGGGCCGAGGCCGCGGUCGGAGCAGCCAGCCCGGACUCUGUGACACCGCCGGGCACUUGGGAGCGUGGUGCCAGCUUUGAUGUGUGCAGGACACGGGAGGACGUGGCCAGGGCUGGGCAUGGGCUGUGUGUGAGCCCUCUGGCUGCCAUGCACCCCACGGGGGCUGGGGACAGCAGCUUCUCCCGCGGGGCCGUGCAGAGCCAGACCCUGUCCCGCAGCCACUGCCGCAACAUCAAGCAGAAGAUCUCGCAGUGGGAGGGCAGGACACGGGGCUGCUCCAGCAAGGACAGGCAGCAGCCUAAGGACUUUGGAGUAAAAUAUGAUCCCAGCUGCAAUGCACUACCCAAAGUGAAGGCAGAAUGCACAGAGAAUGGCAGAAGGGCUGGGUCCAAAGAUCCAAAGAGCCUGGGGUUGGAUUUCAGGGAAGAUGCACGGAGCUGCUGGCAGACCGGGGGCUGUGGUGGCCCAGCUUCCCCAGCCAAGGAGAAAGGAGAGGGGCAAACAGGCUUCCUGACCCCGGGGGUGACACUGCCCCCAGGGAACUUCUAUACCUCACAAGCUCUGUGGAGGAGAGCAGAUCCCCCCCUGCCAGGCAGAACCUCUCCUGUUGCCUUGGACCUCCAGAGGAAGCGAGGCAGCUCUGGCUCCACAGAAAGAGAACUGCAUAUCAAAGGAGUGGACACUCUCUGCAGGGCAGAGAGGAGCUUGAGAAACAUUUACUCUGAGGUUGAGGGGCAAGAGGAGGAGGCAGCUCCUGAUCCACCACCCAAACCCCGCAGGACUUUCCGCUACCUGGCAGAGAAGGGUGCUGGUGGUCGAAGAGAUGCCAGUGCCACCAGGGAAGCUCCCCUGCAAAAGCAGUGUGGAAGGGACUUGGUGUCAUCCUCCAACAACCCUGAGAAGAAAAUAGCCAGCAGGAGGAUCAGAGGGAGAGCCCAGAGGAAAUCUUUUGAGUUUGAGGACAUCCAGGGCUUCCGCAAGCGGCAGGCGGGCAGCGGCUCCCACAGACCCCGGGAGGAGACCAAUGGCACUGCAGGAUCCAGGCUGCUCUGCACUCAGUCUGAAGACAACAUCUACGAGGACAUUAUCUGUGCUACAAAAGAACAUCCUUAUGAAGAUAUCAGAGCACUGCCCUUGCCCCUGUGGAAGGUCCCAUCUGUCUGGAAGCUGCCCCCUCCCCGGAGCAUCAGCAGGGCUCCCAAGCCUCCCCCAAAACCUCCCUUCCUCAGCCGUAAGUCACUGGAGCUGAAGCCCUCCCAGACAAAUCUCCAAGGGAAGGUGGGGAAGGAGACCUCCCUGCCUGUCACUCUGUCUGAGUGGAAGCUGUUCCGAGCAGUGGAGGCUGCCAGCAGGAGAAAGAACCUGCCCUGGCUGGUGCUGAAAAUACAGGAGAUCUUUGAUUCCAAGCGUGGAAAGAAGAAGGUGAAGCUGCUCAGUCCUGCUGGGAGAGAAGCAGCUCCAGUGAAAGGUGAAACCAGCGGGAAUGAAAGCGAUACGGAAAAUCAGCCCAAAAGUCGCCCCAGGUGCCUGAGGCGCUCGGCCUCCAAGAGGAACCCGCACUACCAGACCUUGGAGAGGGAUCUCAUCGAGCUCCAGGAGCAGCGGCUCUUCGAGCUCUUCGUGGUGGUGUCCCUGCACAAGAAGGCAUCUGAGGUCACCUACACACCACACAUCAUCCAGCAGUUCCCCAGCAAGCCUGAACAUCCCUUCAGACCAUCAAAGGAUACUGAAGAGAGGCUAAAGGUCAUUCCCAAAUUCUGCUUUCCAGAUCCUAAAGACUGGUUCCCUUCAUCAGACCUCAAAAGUGAAACCUUUUCCUUUGUGCUGACGGGGGAGGACGGCAGCCGCUGGUUCGGGUACUGCAGGAAGCUCCUGCCAGAAGGGAAAGGGAAGCGCCUGCCUGAGGUGUACUGCAUCGUGAGCCGCCUGGGCUGCUUCAACCUCUUCUCCAAGAUCCUGGAUGAGGUGGAGAAGAGGCGAGAGAUGUCCCCAGCGCUGGUGCACCCCUUCAUGCGCAGCGUGAUGGAGGCGCCGUUCCCCGCCCCGGGCCGCACCAUCACCGUCAGGAGCUUCCUGCCAGGAGCAGGAGAUGAGGUGAUGGAGCUGUGCCGCCCCUUGGACUCCAGGCUGGAGCACGUUGACUUUGAGUGCCUCUUGCAGUGUCUGAGUGUGUCCCACACCAUCCGGGUGUUUGCCUCUCUCCUGCUGGAAAGGAGGGUCAUCUUUGUGGCUGACAACUUAAGCACUCUGUCUAAAUGUGGGCACGCUGCAGUGGCAACACUUUACCCCUUCACCUGGCAGCACACCUACAUCCCCGUCCUGCCAGCUUCCAUGAUCGACAUCGUGUGCUCUCCGACCCCGUUCCUCAUUGGCAUCCUCUCCUGCUCCCUGCCACAGCUCUGGGACCUGCCCAUAGAGGAGGUUCUGAUUGUUGAUCUUUGUGCUGACAAGUUCUUGCAAGAGGCAUCAGAUGAGGAUGAGAUCCUGCCCCAUAAACUGCAGGCUGCACUUGUACAAAUCCUGGAAGAACGGAGUGAAAUCCUGUCACACGAGCAGACUGACACACAAGGUGACACGAGCCUGAACUCGCUGGUCUCGGAGGCUUUUGUGCAGUUCUUCGUGGAGAUCGUGGGGCACUACUCGCUGCACAUGAGCGUGACGGAGCAGGGCCAGCGCGUGUUCCAGCGCGAGCCCUUCCGCAAGUCCCACGGCUCGCGCACCGUGCGCCACUUCCUGCACGGCUUCAUGGAGACACAGAUGUUCGCCGGCUUCAUCCAGGACCGCGAGCUCAGCAAGAGCCUGGCCAAAGGCCUUUUUGAGGUCCGUGCCUUGGAGUAUUUGGAGAGGAUUCCAGAGACGGAACGAACUGGAAUGAACAAAAUCCUUCGCAGUCUUGGCAGCAAAAUGAAAUUCCUGCAGAAGAAGUGACCGGGCGCUGCUGCGGGACAGCGGCGGGAGGGGGAACCACGGACCCCGCCCGGGCCGGACCGAGCCGGGCCCCGGGAGGGCCGGGCUGGGCCGGGGGCUCCGCGAGUGCUGCGGGAACAGCCGGCACCAGGAUCGAUAACAGCUCAUGGAUCCAUAAC